AGCAGCUCUGCGUGCUGUGAAGCUUAUAAUUAAUUGCUGCCGAGGCUGCGUGCGUGCGUGCAUGCUCCUUCCAUCCAUUCAGCAGGCUCGCGCAGACCAGCAGCAAAGGUGUACGCGUGUGUGACGGGUACCGCUGCGGACCGGGCGUAACAUGAACAGCAGAGCGAGAAGUGAACCUCACCGCUGGUCCUUGACGAGAGCGAAGCAGCUUCAACACCGAAUGCGAAGCAUCAGGAAUCGUGGAUGCGAAUAGGAGUGACCAGACAGGUGGAUCGCAAUGGCGUCGACCCGUGGCGGUCAUGACGCCUGCGAGUCCACAGCGCUCACGCCCAUCCUCCCCUUGGAGCUCAUCCAGAAGAUCACUGUUCUAGCAGCGCGCACGCAUCCAUGGACCAAGAUUCCCCUCGCGCUCUCUUGUCGAGACAUUUGCAACUGGACUGCUCAAGCACGAUGGCAUACCAUCAUCGUACUGAACGAGGCUCAAGCGCGCAGCUUGUUGGAAUGCGUCAGGCGUCAUUAUCCUCUUCCUGAUGAUGACGUGCAACGGUCUCCUUUGCACGGAGCGGGAAGCAAGAAAGCGCAGCCUCUCAAAGAAGAUGCUAUCUCCUUGCCUGCCUCUCUCUCUGGAUGCGUCAAGGCAUUAUUCCUUCACGUCAUGCCGACGAAGCCAAGGAAUGCCGACCUCGCGAUGGAGUGCGCAGAAGAGAUACUGAGGUGUGGAUCGAUUGCUGGCGAACUUGACGUUUUGGACAUUUGGAGGUUUGGCUACGAGGAUGGCAGACAAGAUUCCGGCGAUAGGUACCUGGUGUAUAUGCCGAGAGAGCUCACGAUCACCUAUGUACUGGCCGCCGCAUAUCCCGAUUGGCCCUCAUUCUACCAAUGGCACGGCGACGGCACUCGCCUAAAGCGUCUGCAUGUCAUCGGCGCUGAUUUCGAAGAGCCAGGAGGCAUCACGAUGCCAUACGAUGGCCUGGCACGACUUCGCAAAGGCAGCAUAUCCUCCUCGGAUGCAGGCCUGAGGUACAAAGCUGACGUGGUCAACGAUGGUUGGUUAGCAGGGCGCGAUGAUGCAGUCGCCGCUGCGAGCGGACGUCCGGAGCCCAUCGAGCUCACCCACAUCCGUUACGACACGGCUCGUUUCAGCUUCAAGCCACCUGAAAUAGUAGCAGCCCUUCUUCGUGGAGCUCGCACUGCCGGGGACCAAGAGCGAACGUCGAGCGGAGGAGGUGCGGGCACUAAGCGAGCUUGGUGCAGGUGGUUUCAGAAGGCUGCACUUGGCCUGGGAAGCAAUGUCGAACGAAGACGCGGUCAACGAAUACUAUGUGCGGCCCCCGUACCACUGGAGAUCAAUAUUCGAGCACAGUGCGGGGUCACAAACUGAGGAAGAGCACGAAAGCACAUACGGAGUGUACAGCGGCGG